AGCCCAAAAUAAAAGGCGGGACAUAAAGAUGAAUGAAGUAGUGAAUAUAAUUGAGGCGAGCAUAUGAUACCCUAAGCAGAGCAGAGCAGAUUGAAGUUAGGCGAAGCAGAUGAGAGGUAGCAUUUCAGAAGGAAGAUGGUUGGCAGUGACCAUUACAUUAACAACACUCUCUGCCAUUACCAUCUCUGCCUUCAUAGUCAAGCGUAAAUUCAACGCUCUCAAAUCCAAGAUUCACGAUUUGGAAUCAUCUCUCAAAUCUUCCUCCCACAAUUGCGCCUCCGAGAGGCAAGGCCGAAUUAGGGCUCAACAGUUGUUGAGAAAAGAGCUCAUUCAACCUAAAUCUCAAAACCUAAACUUCACUUAUUAUCCUAUGAUUCCCAUUGGAACCAUCCGCUCAUGCUUCUCCACCAGGAAUGGGACACCAAGGCAACCAUUACUUGUACCACUUGCUAGAGCAUGUUUGGUUUUCAAUACAACUCGUGUUCCUCCAGCAUCUCUUGAGGGUCUAGCAGAAUAUUCUCAUUGUUGGAUUAUAUAUGUAUUUCAUUUAAAUACGAAUCUUGAAAAGGUGUGGAAGGAUCCCUCUAAAUCAGGGUUCAAAGCAAAGGUGAAGGUCCCUAGACUUAAAGGUGGAAAAGUGGGAGUGUUUGGCACAAGAUCCCCACAUCGUCCGUGCCCCAUUGGACUCACAGUUGCAAAGGUAGAGGCUGUCCAGGGAAAUAUGAUUUUGCUUUCUGGUGUGGAUCUGGUUGAUGGAACUCCAGUGCUUGAUGUCAAGCCAUAUAUUCCAUAUUGUGACAGCAUCCAAGAAGCUGCGGUGCCAAAUUGGCUUAUGGAGGACAACUUACUUUCAGUAGCUUCUGUUAGCUUUUCGGAGGACUUCACUUCAUCACUUGAAAAUUGUUGGAUAAUGGCGGAGAAGAAGUCGCUCUAUGCAUCCCCAGGCGAAUUCCAAAGCUUAGUAAUGCAGGUUCUAUCGUGGGAUAUUCGGUCAUUGAGUCAGCGAAAUAGGCCCCAUGACGCUCUCCCGCAGAAAGAAAAGGAUCAACUAUUGGGUGAUACUUCUGAUGUAGAGGAGCACCUAGAUGAAACAGCUUUUGUCCAUGAAAGAGAUGAGCAGAAUUCUCUACAUUCUAUGGAAGUAGUUUAUCACCUAAUUUUGGAGGGACUCGAUGUCUCGUAUACAAUUGAUCAUGAUGGUAAUGUCAUUGUAAAAAAGGUAUCAACCUCUGCUGUCUUGGACAAUAAGCUUAAUUCUCACAAUUACUUGACAUGGAAAGACGAGCUGCGCUGAUUUCUAUUUUUGCACUUCAUUACUCUUUUUUUAGACAAAUUAACUGAUUACAUUUUAAUCCUUAUUAAAUUUGAUUCUAUUGUUUUGAUAAAAAUA